CUCUCUCCAGCUAGACUUGCUACUGUGCACUGUGCAACCAACUGCAGCAGAGUCCACCUGUGAGCACUGAGCGGCGGCUGCAAUGGAGAGGCUUGCCCAGGCACCCAGGAAGCUGCCGCCGGGGUUUCGGUUCCACCCUACCGAUGAGGAGUUGGUGGUGCAGUACCUCGGCCGGAAGGCCCUUUCCCGCCCGCUGCCGGCCGCCGUCAUCCCCGUCGUCCACGACGUCGCCAGGCUCGACCCUUGGGACCUCCCUGGGGCAAGCGAAGGGGAAGGGUACUUCUUUAGCCUGCGGCGAGGGCCGGCGACCGGCCGUAGCGGCUGCAGGAGGAGAGCCGGCAGCGGGUACUGGAAGGCCACGGGGAAGGCUAAGCCGGUCCUGCAUAGCUCCGGUUGCGGCGGCAAGCAGCACCUCGUGGGCGUCAAGACGGCGCUCACGUUCCACCGCGGGGAGCCGUCGUCUUCGCGGACCCGCUGGGUCAUGCACGAGUACCGCCUCGCCGUGCCCGUGCCCGGCGGCGUGGCGGAGCAGAGGAAGAAUGCAAGCCAUGGUUGCGUUGUUCAGCCAGGAGAGUGGGUCGUGUGCCGGAUCUUUCUGAAGAACAGACCAAGAAGGCCGAACCGGGUGACCGUAGGCAACCAAACGCCGGGCAACCGCCCCUCCGUUGCACACCGCACCGCGCCACAGCUGCAGCACCAGCAGGAUGCCGGUCAGCUGCGGCCUUGGCUGUUGACUCCGCCAUCGUCGUCGUCGUCCUCAAGUUGUGUUACGGGUGUCACGGACAUUUCGGACCAAGAAGAAGUUAGCAGCAGCAGCAGCAGCAGCAGCAGGGAUGCUCCAGCUGCCUCUCAAAGAGUCAGGUAAUCAGGUUUAAGGAAAGUCCAGCUCAAGAAUGAUCCUAAGAUUACCUACCAUACAGCUGCGCCAUCUGUAUCAGUUGUAACUUGUAAGAUUCCCUGAAAAACUUUUUAGGAAAGGGAACCUGAAUUAAUCAGGAGCAGCAGUUGCUACUGUCCAGCUGCAGUUUUCAGGUUUAUACAGCAGUUAGAUUUGA